AUGACAACUUCUUCUUGUUUAUUAUCUAUUAUUAUUCUAGAGAAUAUUAUACAUCUAUAUUGUACAUUACAACAUGGUGUUCAAAGCAACAACAACAACAAUUGCUUGUCAAUUCAAAAUGUAUUCAAUGUUGCGAGUGUGUCAAAUCAAUGGCGUCAGAUUGUUAAGAGGAGACUGAUAGCACGACAUGUCACUUUGCUCAAGGUUACAUUCGAUCCGAUGAAGAACGACCUUGAAGAGUAUAGAAUGCAUUUUGAACAUCCUCUUUGUUUGCUCAACAACAUCCAUGCAAUCAAGGUGUCAGAGGACAGGUUGGGACACAGUCGUGUUCAUCCACUACUUCAAAAGAAUAUAAUCUAUGCAAAAGAGAAUAGACAGUGGUUUAGAACAGAGUUUAUCAAGUAUAUUGAAUCUCUAGAUAUCUCUCAAACCAUAUCUUUGCCAAAGCAAACUGAUGAAUGGUCACUUUUACUACUUGGUAAUCAAGAUGAAGAAGAAGUGGUAGAGGAAGAGGAAAUGAUCAAUAGUGGUGACAAUGAUGAUGAUGCCAACAUACCAUUCAAAAGAGUUAAAGAAUUACAAAUUAAAAGACAUUAUAAACUCAAAUUAACAUCUGAUGGUCAAUUAUUCAACCAAGCCUUUUAUAAUAUUCCAACGGUGGUUCAAGUUGAAACCAUCGAUUCAACUAUAAUGUUAAAUGAUUUGGUCAUUUCAUUUUUACCAAAUUCAAAGUUGACAGAUAUCACCAUCAGUGCAUCUCAUUCCUAUGUUCCUACUGCCAACUAUUUCUUACCACCACUGAUCAAGCGGUUGACAGUCUCAUUUCAUCUAGAUCGGUACUAUUGGAUUUUAGAUCCCAUCUCAUCACCACAAUUACGGUAUUUAGAAAUUAGUUUAGAUUUUAAUAUAGAUGCUUUUAAAUUUCCUGUAUUGUUUAAAGGUCUAUGUACCUAUAUUCAAAAGAGUGAUACGAUUGAAGAGAUUUGUCUAGACAUGAAAGACACCAAACUUGUCUUUUUAUUGGUCAAAGAAAUCAAUUCAAAUUUAUUGGGUGCAAUUUCUGAUAGUCGUACUCUCCAGAAACUCACAAUUAAAGGUACAUCUAAUUUAUGUUCAAAAGACCUUGUCAAUUUGGUUCAUAGAUUUAAUAAUAAUAAUAAUAAUAAUAAUAAUAAUAAUAAUAAUAAUAAUAAUAAUAAUAAUAAUAAUAAUAAUAAUAAUAAUAAUAAUAAUAAUAAUAAUAACUCACAUGUGGAUUCAUUCUUUGUACCAACAUUGAAAUAUAAUGUUUUAAUUAUUACAUUUUCUAAAAUAUAUAGAUCGAUGAUUCAUUCAAAUCCAAGACCAGGAGGAGUGAUACUCAACCAAUUCAAUAGAGAUCGUGUAUGUCCAUUACUUCUACGUGUCUUUAUCAAGGAAAACUCAUAUCAUGACAUAUCAUUGUUCAAAUCGAGAACAGAGUGUCCCGAAGAAGAUGAAUUACAAAUAUAUACAUGGAGAAAUGCAACUCUUAGAGAACUAUCAGAUUUGAUUAAAGAAGUAAAUGAAACAUCAAGAAAAAAGGAAUCAAAACUAUUGUUUAGUUUUGUGUAUCCCAAUCAAGAUGGAGAGUUUGUUAGAGGUCCUCAACUAGGAUCUGUAGAUUGCAUAAAGCGUGGAGAAGAUGAUUUCAAAACACUCAAUUAUUUACAAUUCAAUUAUCAAUUUAUGAAUGUUUGUAUUGAAUUGCCAUCCGAUCAAUCAACUUUAGCAUCUACAACAUCUACAACAACAACGACAACGACAACAACUACUACAAGUCCAACCGACGAAUCACCUAGAACAACUAAUGUUGCCAACGAUGGACAAGAACAAGAUAAAAUGGAGGAUGAUAAAGAACAAACAAAAUCAAUUGAAGAAAAAGAUAAUAAUAAUAAUAUGAAUGAUAAUAUGAAUGAUGAUAAAUCAAAGGAAGCAUCUCCAACAACAAAACAACAAGAAGAUGAAGAAACCGAAACAACAAUGAAAGAUGAUUAA